AUGGCCGCUACGCAAAAGCUUUCAGACGACAAGUUCCGGUGCUAUCACUGUCUCACUGUCAUGGAUCGACGUCUCGCACGCAACCAUGUCGGCGGCCAUAUCCUGAAGGCCAUGCGCCAUGUCGAAGAAGGGCUUGCUGGUAUUCCAGUUGGCUCCGAGAUGCCUUGCGGGUUCUGUGGACGAUCGGGCAUCUCUAUGUGCUCGCAGCUUUACCUCACUGCUGGAAGGUCUCCCCAGCCUCGUAGCGAUUGCCCCCACUUCUACGCAUUCCAGUACAAGAGCAGCCUCAAGUCUACGCAGACGAUGCCUUGCACGAACACUCCCAUCCUCUGCCCCGUCCCUGGCUGUACUCAGAGCACCCCAGACAAGCUUUUUACGGCGGUAUGGAAGUACAACAUGCCUCAGCACGUCCGCAUGCAACAUCCCGGCUACUCCAUUGACGGUUUCGAGGAAGGAACACUUCUACCACAACUUCUAUGUGUCAUGGAUAUCACACAUGAGGAGGAGAAGGCCCUCGGUAUUCCGGAGGGUGUCAUCCCGGCCCUCAAGCGCACUGACAUCUUGUCUCAAGCUCCGAGUACGCAAGGUAAGUAA